GUUGGAAAAAGCAAAAAACACUCGUCGGAAAAGAGAAAAAAGAAAGCAGCAAAGCAAGCAUUAGCGAAAGCAGAGCGUGUACAGAAGAACUCAAGGAGAACAUUUAAAAUAAUCUGUGAAGUUAAGAGAUAGUUUACUAGAGUCUUUUGGCCGCACGUCUAAAUUGUAUUUCUCCUGCCUGUGUAUCAGAACUCUGAGCGCGCGUUUUCUUCGAACGCUCUCCAGGCCAUAACAAAACAAAAACAUAUAAAUAAUACAAAAGCUUCUACAUGAUGUCGUCGGACCAACAGUUUUUUCUAAAAUGGAACGAUUUUCAAACGAAUAUGGUGACCUCGUUCCGUCACUUGCGCGAUGAGAAGAGUUUCACAGAUGUAACACUUGCCUGCGAAGGUCAAACUUGUAAGGCACACAAAAUGGUGCUUUCAGCUUGCAGUCCCUACUUCAAGGCGCUAUUAGAGGAAAAUCCCUCAAAGCAUCCAAUCAUUAUACUGAAAGAUGUGUCCUACAUACACCUGCAGGCAAUACUCGAAUUCAUGUAUGCCGGCGAAGUGAAUGUAUCGCAAGAACAGCUGCCAGCAUUUCUUAAAACGGCUGAUCGACUUAAAGUGAAAGGUCUUGCAGAGACACCUAGUUCUAUAAAGCGGGAGGGUUGAUGGUAUUUAAACAAAUAAACAAAAUAUAAACACAACUAUAAGAAACUUAUAUACGCAAGCAAGAAAACAAAAUUCCAACAAAAGAACGAAACAGAAAUAGUGGAACGUAGCUAAAACAAAAAGAAUAACAACAUUUGAGAUAUACAGACACAAAGUUCAUUUCAAAACUCAAUGCACACCCAUAAGCACACAACGUUGACAAAUUUACAAAUAGUUCAAACUUAAAAGUAACGUUUACGAUUUUAUGAUCCCUGACACUGACCUAUAUCCCUCCCCUCUAACUAGAUCAAACACAAAUUUGCAAUAUUUAUGAACACUGUCGACCCAUUGAAUUUGAUUUGAAUCGUAAUUUUAAUUUCAUCAUAAAAUAGUUUGUAAUAUACUAUUCUUAAACAUAAAACACACAAAACACUGUAUAAAAAGCAAAAUAUGGACAACCCUGCAUAACAAAGGAAUGAAAAUGUACGCACUUUUGUAAAGUAAAUAAAAGAAAACUCAUAAAAGAAAAAAACAAAAAAUAUAUAGAAACAUAGUUAUAUACAUAAUGUAAUGUGAAAAAUGUGCAAGUAGGAAGUUAAAGAUCAUCCGCACGGCAGCGAAUAUUUACAACACAUUCAGUUAGAUUUUAAGCCACUAACUAAAAUCCACAACUUUUCACCCUCUUCACGCAUACAAACAAAAAAAAAAAAACAAAAAAAGUUUUUUCAAAAUUCUAAAUGCAAUAUUUUAAUUACUUUACUUUGUUUGGAAAAGAAAUAUAGUUAAACUUUCAUACUAUAACAUACAUAUGUAACAACAGAACAACAACAACAACAAUAACGUUUACCGUUUGCGAUAUAAAGAUAGAAACUUUCAUGUAAAGCUAUCAAUUCUACUUAGUUUUUUAAAUAUUACACAUAAACUUGAUGAAAAAUUGAAAAACAACAAAACAAGAAGAACGAUACUUGAAUAUUAUUACAUAAAGUAAAAUAUUUAUAUGUAUGUAUAUGUAUACAUGUGAGCAUAGAUUUAAAUAACUACGAUAAAUAAACAGAAUAAUUCCAAAAAAAUAA